AUGAAGGAGGAGUUUAUAAAACAGCUUCUAACUAGAAGACAAGUGUUUACGGAAAACGCCGAAUAUAACGAAUCGUAUGUCUUGCUAUUUACCAUUGCAUCCUCCAUGAUUUGGAUCAUGGUGCCGGGGCUCGCCUUUUUGUAUAGUGGGUUGGCAAGAAGGAAAAGCGCGCUUUCCAUGAUUUGGAUCGUGAUUAUGUCGUCAUUCAUCGGAAUAUUCCAAUGGUACUUUUGGGGCUACUCCUUGGCAUUCAGUGAUACCUCGUCAAACCCCUUUAUUGGCGAUUUGCACUUUUUUGGCUUUAAAAAUUUGUUGGGUGCAUCAAGUGGCGACACUGAUUAUCCGCAAUUGGCAUUUGCCAUUUUCCAAAUGCAGUUUUUGCUUGUGACGUUGGCCAUUUUGGCAGGCGCCUGCAUCGGCGAAAGAGGCAGAUUCUUACCGGCAAUGGUGUUUUUGUUUUGCUGGGCGACCAUUGUCUAUUGUCCCGUUGUUUACUGGAUCUGGGGUGGCGGCUGGGCCAUGAACUAUCGAGGCGGCACUUUGGACUAUGCCGGCGGUGGACCAGUGGAGAUCCUUUCCGGUAUCUCGGCAUUUGUCUACUCGGCAUUUUUGGGAAGAAGAAACGAAACUUUGAUGGUUAAUUACAGACCCCACAAUAUCUCAACCAUUUUCCUUGGGACCAUCUUGCUUUAUGUCGGCUGGUUGUUUUUCAAUGGGUUUUCAUGUGCCAACCCUAGUUUGAAAGUUGCUUACUCAAUGAUGAAUACUCACUUGUGUGGCGCAUUUGGAGCAAUUUCAUGGUGUUUGCUCGAUUUCAGAUUGGAAAACAAGUGGUCGAUGGUUGCCAUUUGCUCGGGCUGCAUUUCUGGUUUGGUUGCAGCUACUCCAAGUUCCGGUAUGAUUCCAUUAUGGGCCAGUGUCAUCUUGGGUAUUGUUUCAGGAGUGGUUUGUAACUUGUCGACCAAGAUUAAGUACUUGUGCCGUGUUGACGACUCUUUGGAUGUGUGGGCAGAGCACGGUGUCGCUGGCAUUGUUGGCUUAAUAUUUAAUGCCUUGUUUGGAUCGGCCACUGUUAUUGGCUACGAUGGUGUUACUGACCACUCUGGAGGUUGGCUCGAUCACAAUUGGAAACAAUUGUACAUCCAAAUUGCCUACAUCUGCGCUACAUUUGGCUAUGCGGCUGUAGUCACCGCCAUCUUGUGUUUUGUUAUCGACAAGAUCCCCGGGUUGCACUUGCGUGUCGAUUACAAUGGUGAAGAAGCUGGUGUCGAUGAAGACCAAAUUGGUGAAUUUGCAUACGACUAUGUUGAAGUUAGAAGAGACUUUCUCGAUUGGGGCAACCCCAAUGACAGAAAGCAAGUUGAAGAAGUGGAAACCAUUGAAAAACCUGAUCCAAUCCAGCAGCUGGCCACACACCCUCAGACCAUUGAUGGAAUCGAGACCCGGUACCCAAACGACGACACUUCGGGAAGUGGCCACAACAACGACGAAAAGUAUCAGCAACGACAAGAACAAGAAGACGAGGUGCACCAUCAUCAACACAGCACGAGUGGAACUGAAGAAUCUGACUUGUCUCCAUACCAGCCAGAGUCCAGCGUAUCGAAACCAAAGUUAUCUUAG